ACACACGACACACUCACUACCCAUAGAAACUGACCCAGCGGACGUCCAGAGGUGGAAAUCCAUGUGUCCAACAUCUGGUCUCAGUCUGGGGAAGUCGAGAAAAGGGGAUUUUGCCGCACAACAUUGGGGAGUUCUUUUAAUUUUACAUCCUGAAAUGUGGACUGGAUCAUCUCUCAGAUUAUCCGGUGCAGGUUUAAACAUUAGACCGCUGUGGUUAGGAGAGGGUUAAUGUUUCCCAGCUCCUCGCUCAGCAGUGAAACCUGUUUCCACCUGCCUGGCCAACUUCAGCCCUCAUGAGACGGCACCAUGUCUGCUCUCUGAGGUGAGCCAGCCGUGUGACCGUGACCCCUCUCAGCCUCACCAUGAGCUGGUUCUGCAGGCUGGCCCGACGCGCCCGACCGGCCACACUCAGGAUCCACCGGGCCAGGCCAGUCGGUGUUUUCUGCUCCGCCAGGUUCAGCAGCCAGCCGCCCACCACAGAUGUGUGUAUCCAGUACAGGUUUGGUCGCCCGGUGCUCUCUCUCCCUCUCUCUGUGGGCGAGCGUUGUCGCUUCACUCUGACUCCCAUGCUGACCACGGUGGGCGACCUGCUGAGGAACAUCGCCACCGAGGACCCCGCCGUGCACACGGCCGUGCUGCUCACCGCCGAUGGACAGAGAGUGUCCUCCACCACCUGUAUGGACACUGUGUUGAGUAAAGACUUCCAGCUCGUCAUCAACGAUGUCACGUACAACGUGCGCUCACCUGGCCGAGAGUCUCAUGAACACGCCACGUGUCUGGACGAUGUGAAGUUUGUGGUUCAGCUGCUCCAUGCGGCUCUGCAGCUUCCUCAGCAGCAGCACAGCCAGCAGGAGGCGCUGCAGAGCCGGAGGAGCUGCAUCCUGAAGGAGCUGCAGCCGCUGGAGGAGGUACGGGUCCAGAUGGCACUGGAGGCGGAGUCUAGAGCAUCCAUGUUGGGCUGGGUGGGGCUUGCCUACCUCUCGCUGCAAGGGGGAUUCCUGGGUUACCUCACCUGGUACGUGUUUGCCUGGGACAUCAUGGAGCCGGUGACCUACUUCAUUUCCUACACCACCAGCAUGCUCUUCUUCGCCUAUUACAUCCUCACCAGACAGGACUUCAUCUGCCCGCAGGUCAGGGAUCGUCAGUUCCUCCACAUCUUCCAUGAGAAAGCGGCGAAAGAGAAAUUCAACGUCCACAAGUACAACCAACUGAAAGAGCAGCUGGAGGAGGUGCAGAGCGACCUCAGCAGGCUGCAGAGUGCCAUGCGGCUGCAGCUGCUGGUGGAUCAGAUCCGGCGGCAGAAGAAGAGAUCGGCCUGAUGUCGCCUCUCGACUCUGUUUGCUUUUGUACAUGUUUCUGUUUUAUUUUCCUGCUUCUGUUUGUAUCGGUGCCAGCUCUCUCCCAGUGUCACUGAAAAUGACCGUAUUAAAGGAACAUUUCAGCGUUUUGCGACGAAAUCCUCUUUCCUGUUAGCUUAGCAUAAAGACUUGAAGUCUAUGGGAGUGGUUAGCCUGGCUCUGUCAAAGUGAAAAAAUCAACCUCCCAGCAGCUCUGAAGCUGUUUUGUUUACACAGCGGAUCAUCAUUAUUAACUUAAAUGACAAUUUAAUGAAAAUUAAAUCUGGCUGUGAAAGUUUGGCUGAGUAUUAAAUGAAAAUAAUAAUACAACUACUAAUACUACUACUACUACAACUAAUCCUUUACUGAAUUGGAGAAGUAAUUUGAGGGAAACACCAGCAGGGGGAGCUCCAGCAUCAUCUGUAGGAUCAUGUGCAGUUUAGUUUCUCGUUAGGUUGACCUGAUGUGUGUUUUGCAGGAAAAGACUCCACACACUGAUCAGCACAGCACUGACGUUUAUUGAUCAUCAGCAGCUACACACUCAGCUGACUGACGGGAAAACACACACACGUGGAUCAUGGGGCCAGCUAAACACCCGAGUGUGUGUGUGUGUGUGUGUGUGUGU